ACAGUUUGGGGACAUGUUGGGUUUGGGAACAUUUCCACCUCCCCUCUGAAUGUAAACUUUCAGUGUGCCUUUGAGCAUUUGUUGUUGUUGUAGCAGGUACUUGACACCAAUACCCUGGUCUGCAUCUAAAACUGAGGUUGAUCUAGCGAUUUCACUUAAGGAUGAGAAAAUGCACGCUCCAAAGAGAUUUAAGCCGACCUAAGCACCACUGUAGGUACUGCUAGGCCAAUGGAUUUGCUACAGUGAUGGGGAAAAUGCCUUCCUCGCUCUAGGGACAGAGACCAGCUCCUGCUGGUGGCCCCAGGGGAGUGGCUGCUGCAUUGCUUCCCCCCAUCACUGCCCAGGAGGCUGUGGCUGCAAGAAAAGGAUAUGGAUACUCCUGAUUCUGGGGGCAUGACCCGUUUAGGAAGAAAAACUGCAGAGACUGGAAUCAACUUUACAAAUACUACUCGUUUCUCAAGAGGUUUGACGUUCACCAGGACACACACCCUGUGUGGUCAGAGCCCAGCUAGGAGAAUAAUUCCACAAACAUCUUUACUGCAGGAAAAUGCGGAUCCUCAGAAGAUAGCAUUCCUUCUACGCAAACAAUGGACCUUGUAUAGUGUGACCCCCAUGUACAAAUUCUCUUAUGGUAAUCUGAAGGAGUAUUCUAGACUUCUGAGUGCCUUUGUUGCCACUGAAAAGCAGAAAGGACUUGCUGUAGAAGUGGGCAAUGAUCUUGCUAUCAAAGUGAUUUUGUCCACCCUUUUAGGACUGAGAGGUACGGAUCAGGACCAGGCUGCAAUCCUUGUCCAGAUUGCAUCAAGAUCUCAGCUCCCAUUUGAAAAUGCAGAAGACAAAGUGGUGUGGUCAGGCUGGUUCUGCUGUAUAUCUGGAGAUGAUCUUUCGGAGAGCGUACCAGAGGAUUUUACCUGUUUAUCUUUGUUCCUUGCAAAUGGGGCAGAGAGUUACACAGCCAUAGUUGGUAGUUGGUUUCAGAAGACAUUUGACUGUUAUUUCAGUCGUUUAACCAUUAGCCCACUCAACCUUGCCUGGAUGGCUGCUAUGUGGACUGGGUGCAAAGUGGACAGUCAUAUGGCUGCGACAGAACUUGUUUUCUCUGUGCCCUGCAUUCCCCAGUCUCUGGACAUUUCAUAUGCCAUACACCCUGAGGAUGCAAAAGCCUUAUGGGACACAGUGCAAAAAACUCCUGGGGAGGUUACUCAAGAAGAAGUGAAUUUAUUUAUGGACUGCCUUUACUCUCACUUCCAUAGACACUUUAAGAUCCACUUGUCAGCCACAAGACUCGUGAAAGUCUCUACAUCUAUAGCAUCAGCACACUGUGAUGGGAAUAUAAAGAUCCUACAUAGCAAGCACCUAAUAGGAGUGUUGACGCUGCUGACAGAGCUGGCAAUCUCACAGAUACAAUGAAACCUUGUACUCUAUACCUGCUGUCCUAAAAAACUUAUUACAGAUGCUCUGCUUGGAUCACAUUAAGUCCAUCUGCAGUAGAUUCAUGUUUGAGAGACAUUGACUGCAGAAAGCUGGCUUUCCUGCAGAUUUUUUUAGCCUCACAAAACUCCAGUCCACGAAGUGAAAGCAUAUUAGUUUCAUUUGACCUCAUUGGUUCCUGGACUGAAAUCCACAACUGGUAAUGAAGCAAAGAGGGCCAUAGGAGGAAAAUUAUAGAUGCACAUUUUGCUAUAAUAAAAAUGUCACAUCAAUAAA